GUUAACCGUGAGAAUGGCUGGAACAGAAGGACCUCUGAAGAGUUUGUUUGAGAAUAAGCCUCUCAGUAAGCCCAAGAAAGAUGGGAAGCGUCUGUCUGUGGAAAGGAUUUAUCAGAAGAAGACCCAGCUGGAGCAUAUCCUGCUCCGGCCCGACACCUACAUAGGCUCAGUGGAGCCUCUUACUCAGCAAAUGUGGGUGUUUGAUGAGGAUGUGAGAAUGAACUGCAGAGACAUCACAUAUGUGCCAGGACUCUACACAGGGUUCCCACGCUUCUUGAAAUCAGAUAUUUUGGUAUAA